GAUUUGCUCAGGAAUGUUUGUGAAUGAACGUCACGAUCAUCUGAAUCUGCUAAUCGUUUCCCUACAACUAUCGACAAGGCGGCUAUCACCCAUCGCGGGCUACUUCGGCUGGAUCUCUUCCGUUUCAUACUAACCUCAGCCAUCCGACAGACUCUUUAUCAACAGUAACCAUUGAGUUCCGGCUUUCUCAGCCGCUACACAACGCCAUGGAUACAGAUUCGCACACAUCUGAAAGGUACGAGUAUCCCUCAGUACCCUAGUGUAUUCUCCUGAUGAUAAAGCAAGAGGUAUUGACGCUUCUCACAGCCAGAGUCCAUCCAUGGACCAUUCCGACUACCUACAAAACGAAGGACCGCGCAGCUUCCGGAGGCGCUUCACCGACAUCAAACCUCCAAGCGCCCUCCGAAUCGGCCCCAUCAAACCGCUGUCACUCCAGCCCAAACGCUCAACCAGCUAUCCACUCAGCAAUCCCAGCUACAACAAGCCUUCUCAAGACAGCAGCAGCAACGACACAAUCCAACCCCUCAACAGCCCGACCACCCUCCUCCCUCCAACCAGCACCACCACCACCGGCACCAACUCAACCACCUCCGACGACCCUCCCAACCCCAACCCCAGCACCAACAUCCUCACCCGCGCCGACAUAAUCCAACACAUCCAGCUCAAGAAAUUUCUCGAGGCCUUCAUCCGCCGACGUAAGAACCUGAAAACCGAACUAGAAGACCGGCUCCGCUUGCUCAAGCAAGAAGCCAAGAACAACCGACGGAGAAGACAGAACGUGUUUUUCUACCCGUCUGCAGCGUCCGCAGCGGCGAAUAACGCAGCGAAUAAUGGCAAUAACAGCAACAUGAACGGAAACGGAAUGCUGGACCUGCAGAAGGAGCAAAGGAUCGAUGGGUUGGUGGAGGAGAGGAUUAGACUGGCGCAUGAGACGUAUGAGCAGCAGUUGAGUUUGUUGGUUAAUGAGUUUGUGGUGGUGGGGUUGAGGGAGGAGGUUUUGAGGGUAAUUUGAGGCAAAAAGGGUCGUGAGGGGUGGUGGACUAAUGGUGG